AUGGCCGGCGAUGAAAGAAAUAAUGAAAAAAAGGAUGAAAAGGAGAAAUCGAAUGAUAAAGGAAAGAAAGAUGGACAGAGGAACAAAAAACCGACCAAAUUCGUGCCAACAAAAGACCAGGCACAACGACAAACACAAGCGGUUCUCAAUGGGUUGACCAGAGAACAAUAUACUGAUAUAACUGUUGUGAAUGGAGUUGUACGGAAAGAAUGUAGAAAAAGAGUUCCGAGCGAAUCGGAGAAGGACUUUGAAGAGAGAAAGAAGAAUAAGCGUUGGGCAGAUGAGUUAAAAGUAAGUUGAGGGAGACUUUUUUAUAAAAAGACUUGGAAUAUUUGGACCCGAAUUUCUUCCGACACUUUUGAAAUAUGACUAUUUGCAGGAAAAACAAAGGCAACGUGUGUUUUAUGACCGUGCUGCGAAAAAUGGCAAAAAUUUUGAUGAAACGAAACAUCGUCGAACUGAGUAUUACAAACCGUUGGACCCGUGUGGAUUGAGUCGCGAGUCGUUGAAUUUGAUGGACGGUUAUGGAAUUCGUAGAAAGUUGGAUGUUGAGAAAUUGAAAGAGAAAAAAGUGGAUAUGAACAUUUUCAAAUUUUGGGAACAGUGGGAUCAGAAAGAGGAAAAGGAAAGAAAAAGGAAAGAGAAGGAAAACGAGAAGAAUCGCGAAAAUACUCAGGGAAACGAUAAUGAGGGAGGUGAAUCAAUUGGUAAUGUUGGAACUGCUGCGAAUACGUCAACUGCUGGUAAUGCUGGUUGCAGCGACGCUGAAGAACAACCAACUCAACAAGAACAGGAUGAUGAUUAUGAUGAUGAUUUCGACGCAGGAGCUCCGUCUACUAGUGAUUUUCGCGGGCAACGUCGCCGCCAUUGA